GGUCCAAGCCCAAAUCGUUCAUCUAGUCCAAGCCCAACUAGGAGCCCUACUCGUCCCCGAAAAUCUCUGCAGAAAUUAACGACUACUACUACAAGUUUCUACCGGCGAAAUUUGCAGCUAGGCUUUGAACAGCAGCUAUGGAGGAGGCGAACCAAAAUACAAACCCGAACCCGAACCCGAACCCGAACCCGAACCCGACUCCGAGCCCAACUCCGAACCCCGGCGAAGUUCCACCAAAUGUGACUAUUUACAUCAACAACCUCAAUGAAAAAAUCAAGCUAGAAGAGUUGAAGAAAUCACUGCACGCUGUGUUCUCACAGUUUGGCAAGAUACUGGAGGUUUUAGCAUUCAAAACCCUAAAGCAUAAAGGACAAGCGUGGGUAGUGUUUGAGGAAGUUUCUUCUGCUAGCAAUGCACUUCGACAGAUGCAGGGUUUUCCUUUCUACGAUAAACCUAUGAGAAUACAAUAUGCAAAGACGAAAUCUGAUGUUGUAGCAAAAGCUGAUGGCACUUUUGUUCCCAGAGAAAAAAGAAAGAGGCAAGAUGAUAAAGGGAGAAAGAAAAAGGACCAGCAAGAUGCUAAUCAAACUGGAAUGGGUCUGAAUCCUGCGUAUGCUGGUGCUUAUGGUGCAGCACCACCUUUCUCACAGAUGCCAUACAUGGGUGGAGCUAAAGCUGCAGUACCCGAGGCUCCUGCUCCUCCAAAUAGCAUACUCUUUGUGCAGAAUCUACCUCAUCAGUCUACUCCAAUGAUGCUUCAAAUGCUCUUCUGCCAAUAUCCAGGCUUCAAGGAAGUUAGGAUGGUUGAAGCAAAGCCAGGAAUUGCUUUCAUAGAAUAUGGAGAUGAGAUGCAAUCAACUGUUGCUAUGCAAGCACUGCAAGGAUUCAAAAUUACCGCCGACAAUCCCAUGUUAAUCACUUAUGCAAAGAAAUAGAUAGACUAUAUUUUAGCAGCUGUCUGUAGAAUUAACAUUAUCUUUCACUAGGAUUUGGGUGUUGCAAUUUUAAGCUUAUGAUCCUUGGAUAGGUAAAUUUACCCGUGUAUUUGUUGUGUAGUAGCACCGUACCACAGCUCCUUUUUGGUUUGGAAUAUUAUGCUUUUAUGAAUUUCCUCA